UGUGUCAAUUUAGUCCGUAGCAUGGAGCAUCUAUGCUACAUGGUCCGUAGCGAAAAAAAACAGAGUUUACACUUACAAAUUUGUCUUUAUUGUGUUUUUGUUGAUAGUUACAGAUUACUAUGAUAUAAACAGGAAUUGAUAAUCGACACUUUCAAAAUGAGUCAACCUUCGGAGGAGCUUUUGUUUAAAUUAGAUGAAAAAAUUGCGUAUGGAGAGAAACUUGUGGAACAACUGAAUAAUUUACAAGAUAUUGAAGGAAUUUUCAAACUUAGGAGGAAAAUUUUACAAGAAGUUGAUUUUCUAAAAAAGUUACAAAGAUCAAGGAAAGUUAAAGAUGAACAGUUGUCUUGUUCAAAUUUACGACAUUUAGGGGCUAUGGUUGAUUGUGCAAUCAGACCCGGUGUAGUGGCCGUCUGUAAAAUAUUUCAUAUAAAUGAUGAUAGCAAACUAUUAGUUGACAUUAUAAGUGAUGAAGGCAAAACAUGGUCGAAAGUGAUAGCCAGAAAUCCAAAGUCAUUAUCAGCAUUAAGUACAGGCAAGUCUUCGUAUGGUGCACGAUCAAUACUAGAUCAAGCUUUGGAUUACCUAAUAUGUGCUAAGUUAUACCCUUGUAUGUAUCUACCACCUAAGGUUGUGUUUGAAUUUGUAAGUGGAAUUGAAAAGACAUUGGCUAACAAACUAAAAAUAAUGGGUAUUAUAGUAAAAGGAACUGUGUUACCAGAUUCAAAGAACUUUGAAGAUUUUGAUGAUUCCUAUGAAUCUAGUGAUGAUGAAGAAAUAUUUGAAAGUUGCCCAGUCACAAUGCAAGAUGUAUCACAAUGUAUAGAGGAUCAUUUGGAUAUAAAUGUAUUAAACUUAGAUGUAACAGCAAUGAUGGCAUAUGUCAGUAAUAUGACAAAUGGAUACUGUCGUUAUGUUUUUAAACAAGAUGUCCUCACUCAGCAAGCAGCUUGGGAAGCUGAAAGACCUGUGAAACCUAUAUUAGAAAAAUUAUUUGCAGGUAAAACUCUAAUAUGUUGUAAAACAGCGUGGAAUAACUUCGAAAAAAUAGUGCAAACAUUGGGUGGACCUCUCGAAAAAAAGCGUGCAGCAGAAUUAAAAGACCUAGUAACUGUGUACGAAGAUUGUUAUGGAGGUGAGGAUGAUUACCCAAGACAAAAUUUAAAAGUAAGGGGUCAUGUGCGAUUAAGAUCAAAAUUAGUUUUCAAUUUUGGUCAUAGAUUAAAAGCACUAACAGUUUCUGCAAAUGAUGGUUUUGUGAGAGCCGCAGCGCAACAGGGAGUCACAUAUGCUACCUUUAUCCAUGAAUCACGAGCUCUCACCGAGGGAAAAGAAUCCACCGCUGAGAAGAUUUUAUGAUGUAUUCCAUCUAACAUUAAAGAAAAUAUUUUAAGAUGUUAAAAAAAAAAACAAAAUUGGAUAUGUCACUCUUCACUCUUGAAACGAAACUAUGAAAAGGUUACAUAAUUGUGUUUCUAUCUUCUAGCUGAAUGUAAUCGUCCUUUGCUGUGAUAAUAGUAAAGUAACAAAGUAAUAUAAAUGUAAAAGUAGUAAA